CUAGGUAAGACUGAGAAUGCCCGUUCAACGGACACUUGCGUAGCAGGUGUAGCCAGCACAACCUGCGCUAGUGCACUUAUAUGCGGAAUCGUAAGCUGCAAAUCAUUAAAAAAUUCCAAUAUAUUCCAAUUUAAUGACAAGCGACCAAAUGUUACGUCGAAGUUUUCGAUGUCAGCGUAAAAUUUGACAAGUUUUGCAGAAACAGGAUCUCUUUUGCUUUCUGACACAAGAGAACAGCGACUUCUCUUCAGAUGAGGAUACAGUUGAAAGAAUUGAUAAAACAGGGGAAGCAAACAUCUCUUCACGCACAGGAGUUUCGAGCGCUGGAACAUUUCGUAUGUGGAGAUUCACAUUGCCUUUUUUACAUGGAAGUUGGACGGCAAUGUAUUAUUGGACCAGGAGAACUUUGGAUGGAUACAGAAGAUCCUUUAGUAGCUCAGAGUAUGCAUAAAAUGAUAUCAAGUGCAAUGUCUGUGAGAAUAGAUGCCAUUGGAGAUAACAUUAGAAAGAGAUCAUCUUCCGUUACAGAAGCAUCUAAGCCGAUGAGUUUUAUGGAUACAGGAAGCCUUCGCGCGGAAAAUAAAAUUUCUAAUAUGAAUCAGACAGGAAAUUAUAAUCUUGGACGAGGUAGAUGUGACAGUUUUCCAACCAGAACUAGAGAGUUCAAUGAUGACGCGAAUGAAAUUUUUAAAUCAUCACACAUACAAAAUGUUCCUUGUACAGCAACGCCUCGUAUUUUAUCACUUUCCCGGUACAGUACAAGUCCACCAAUAGAUUCUUCUUUUGGAAGUACAGAAAGAAAAGAAUCGGUGAAGCUAAAUGAUCAAGAAGAAACCGGAAACUAUUUGCCAUUUCGUUACAAGUCUGCAGAGAGAGCUAUUCCAGAAGAAAACUCAGAAGAUUUGAUAUAUUCUGACAGCAUAAAUUUUCGCAAAGAUUUAUAUAUUCCUAUGGCUCCGGUGGUGAAAGCAUUGGAUUCAAUUGGACAUAAUAAUGCUCAACAAGAGAGACAAUUUACUGUAGGUGAUGCUGCUGUUUUGUCUUGCAACAAUUCUCAAAAUUCCAUCGUAACAACUGAUUUGGCUCCCCAAAUUCAUGCAAUUACUAUUUCAUCAGCAAAGCCCAACGAUUUCGAAAAUGAAGAACGUCCCAAACGAUCGUAUUCAAUUGGAAGUAAGAUAGACAAGAACAAAAUGAAACGAUCGGGAAAUUCCAACGAGAUUUUACUUGACAAAAAUAUUAUCCGAGUCCGGGCAUUUUCAGUUGGAUCUCGGGCAAAAAUUCCCAAAUGUGACUUACAGCGUGCUGUUUUAUUUCCGAGAUCCCACUUUAAUCAGAGUUGUAUUAGCAACAAUAGUUUGAAUUUUGGUGCUGAAGAUACUGGGUAUAAAUUGGAUUUAAACACGAAUUGUGAUAAAAAGUCAACGAGUGCUCCUAUAUUAGUCCACAAUAGUCAAGUAUCUGUGGAUUGUAUGAGCGAUCUAAUGGAAAUAGAUUUUUCGAAAAGUUCUAGCCAUAAAACAAAUGGAAAAGCUGUACAUGUCAGUGGAAAGGGUUCUGAUAUUUCUUUAAACGAAGUAAAGAAUUAUCAGACCUCAAAACCCAUUGGCGAGUUGUUACAAACAUUUCCGCUUAAAAAAGUAAAUCCUGAAGAAAGUGGAUACUUGGAAAUGAAGCCUUUGAACAACGAAUUAGGUUCCAUGAAUAAGCCUUCCCUAUCGCAUUCAAACGAAUGCUUUGCUGAUAUAACAAGAGUAAGUGACAUUACAUCUCUAUCAUGCGUAAAAAGGAAGGAAGCUCAAAUCUCCUCCCACGGCAACUAUCCAUUUGAGGAAAAACUCGCAAAUAAUAAAAAAAAUAAUUUGUGCAUGCCUACUAAAAAUCUGGAUAUUGUAUUCUGUGAAGAAAAUCGAAAUGAUCACUUGGAAGAAUUAAAACUUGAUAGGACUUCUACUUCUAAUUCUGAGGAUAUUACUUAUCUUUCGUGCAUAUAUUCCCAACUUUCAGUUCAACCAACUUCAAAAACUAUUAAUGAAACCGACUCUGAAAAGAGUAUUUCUAUGGUUGAUACGGAGAAAAAACUUAAAACUACAAAACACAUAUUCCAUGAGGAAUAUAGUACGAAAUGUUCAGUGCUAGACAACGUAUAUGGCAAAAAUAACAGAUCUAAAGAAGCCGAAUACUUUUCUAACAAAGAGCGAAUAUUGCCAAUAACAGAAAUAAAUGAGAGAUAUUCUGUUUCAUUAAACGUGCCUUCCUUGCCAUUAGCUCCAUUGUCCGACGCCAGCAAACUUUCAUCAGUCGCUCGAUUCAACGGUGCUCCAACAUUAUUGUCCGUUAUAGAUAAUAGAGAAAGCGAAAAUGUUCUACCGAACUGUAUAAACCAAAAUAAAACACAGCAUAUUACCACGCCUACAUCUUCAACUGCUUGCUCCAGUUAUGAAUUAUAUUACGCAAAGCUAGAUUUGCCGCAAUGCAGUACCAAAGACAAUGCGAAAUUCCAAAAAAUUGAAAAUGUUGCUUCUCCAACAAUAAAGGCAGAAAAUGAUUCAUAUGCUAAAAUAGAUUUUGAUCAUUCUUCGGAUUCAUCAUCUUCUUCUAAAACUUUAAAUAAUUGAACCAACGAAAAUUAUAUUUUGUUAAAUACUUAAAUGUAAAUAAAUUACUCCCAAUUAUUCAUUCGUAUAUCUUUUAUUACGAUAAUAAGAGUUAUGUAAGAACGAUAGAAAUGUAUUAAGUA